AUGCAUACUGUUUAUUUAUAUUUUUCAUGUAAUUCUUUAUAUGAUUUUUUUUGUAUUGUCAAAUAACUUUCCUUUUAAUCAAAUUGAUCAGCCUCCUCAUGGAUUUGAACUGUUCCUAUACUUCACCCAGAACAACUUGGGCUAAAAGCUUGUGCUUCAAGCUCACUCCAACUUCAUCUUGGGCCAAGGGUAGGCCAAGGGUAGGCCAACCCAAAACUGUGAUUGAUAGAGGUUUCCUCCCUAUUGCUAUGUACUCUCUAUGAUUUGUAGAAAUGGUCUGGUUAGAAGGAGUCAACUCAAUUGGCUCAAUGAUGUCAAGGGCUUGCUUGUAUUUAGGUGAAUUUCAACUUAAGCAACUUCAUCAUGUGAACUUGCUUGAAUAAAACCUCAAACUUUAUAACCUCUAUUAGUAGACAUAUAACGAACAUCGGCAUUCAAAAAUCAUUCUCAUCUUGUGAUACACAGCUUUGACUCCUUAAUUGGUGCAAUAAUCCGGUCAUUCAUGGUCAAGGUUUCCCAAUUAUCGCUUCAUACACCAACCAUAUAUUCUUGUCUAGCUGUCGUUAACUAAGAAUUAAGAAUAACCCCAUAUCUAACUUGUUUUCUGAGAGAUGGAUUCGAGAAUGAACCUUGUUUUGUCAUGUAUGGUUUGAUGAAGGGUGUUUUGGUCACUGUGGUCAUAAAAUUUUGAGUCCCUUGUGUGUGUCUCCGUCGGCUUGGAGUCAUCAAUGCAAUUUUCUUUUGGUUUACUUUCCUGGCAUGUGGAAAGAGGGGAAAAAGUUCUGUCUUUCCACACUUUCUUCCAACCAACCACCCCCACUCAGAAGGUCAUCCACUUAAUCAUGCCGUCAUCACUCAAUUUUACAUUCCAAAGAUGUCCCUUCAUAGUAUGCUUUCCAGGGGAUACACCAUGGGUAUACUAGUCUUUCAUCUAGCAGAUACGUUCUCCAAAUUGUCAUACUUUUGUCUACUUUAGUUGUUAUCUACCUUAUGAUGUCAUUUUUACUUGGCGGUGAUGGUGUCUUCAUUUGUAGUUAUGAGUUUGCUGAGUUCCUGUGCCAAAAAAACUAGUGGUUGUCCAAAUUGCAGAUUCAGGACCCAUUACCAACUUUUUGGUUGAAGUUUGACAUUUAUUACAGGUCUUAUAAAGUUCUAUUUCUGAAAUUUUGUUAGGUAGUGAAUGGGUCAACAUCAUUGUUAUUUAUUUAUUUACUUUUUUUUUUUUUAAUUUAAAGGUUAUAUUUUAUGUGUUCAUGAAUUUUUCAACCCUAAGGGAGGGGAGAAUCAAAGUUGAUAUUUACUUGAAGCACAAGUUGGGUUCCCCACGCCAAGCAAGCCUUUUCAAACAACAAUUAUAAGCCAAAACAAAACAGGGGUAAGACUAAUGACUUAAAAGACAAAGAUACAAGAAGCCAAGCCAACUCCAUUGAAAUUGUCUUCAAAUGCUCCCCUCCAACUCCCCACUUUUCUUCAUCUUCUCUGUUUUCCUCUGUUCUCUCUCUCCAUUCCUCUUCAAAUGGAUGCCCAGAACAUCUUCAUAUGGAAAAGUACCUUCUGUAUAAUUGUAGUCAUUAUCAUCUUCACCAGCUUUGUUAUUGAAACCCUAUCUGCUGAUCCAAAGUUUGAGGCCUGCAAGCCUCACAAUUGUGGGACAGGUCCAAAUGUAAGCUACCCCUUUUGGAUUCCUAAAGAACAAGAAUCCUAUUGUGGUUUCCCAAAUUUCUCAAUCACUUGCAAUGAUGAAAAACCAGUGCUCACUAUUUCUGAUGAUUAUUAUGUCAUUAGAGAGAUCUUUUACACCAACCACUCGUUUCUCAUGUCUAAUUCUGCUGUCUAUGAUGGUGAUUCAUGCCCAACUCCUCUGCAUAACUUUAGUCUUGAUAGGACUCCAUUCAAUUACAGUCCUUCUCAUUAUGAUCUCUUGGUGUUCUACAACUGCACUUCUGUUCCUGUUGAGACCUUAACAAUUCCAAUUGAUUGCAUGAGCAAUGCUACUCUUCACUCCUUUGCUAGCUUUCAUGAGGAAGCUUUGGAGUACAUGAAUUUUUCUACAGAGUCAUGCCAAUCUAUGGUUAAUGUGCCUGUCGAUAUUGAUGGUGAAGAGGGUUUUGGAAAUUUGUUAAACUGGAAUUUCACAGAGAUUUUGAGGGAGGGGUUUGUUUUGAGUUGGACUGCAAAUAAUUGUAGCUCUUGUGAGAGAAGUGGUGGGCGUUGUGGAUUUGAAAACAAUGAAUUCUUCUGUUUUUGCCAGGAUCGCCCACAUCUCAGAACUUGCCAUGAUGGUAAUUCUAUCUGAUACUAUCUGUUUCAAUCAUCAUUUAAUUGUUUCAUUGUUAGAUGAUUUGAAUUCUGGUCCUAAAUUAUUUAAAACCCCUAGAAAGCAAGAUGUUCUUUGCAGUUUUGUGUUGGUUUUUCUUUGAUUUCUUUUAGGCCAUUUUGUACAAUGAUUGCUGAGAGAGCAAGGAAAAGUUGCUGCUUUCUCAACAUGUUUAGGUUUUGGUUAUAUCCAAGGUUUCAUUCACAUCCUUUCUGCUACCAUUAGGAGACAAUCCAGUUAAUCAAAGGUCAUGUUUUUGUUUUUGUGUUUUUUUUCUCCUUUUUUCUUUUUAGUCUGGUCUUGGAGAUGACAUGAUUAGGAUCAGCAAUAGAUAAGCCUAUUUGCUUUCACCCAAGUCAAAUGUGUGCUUUAGGAGGAACUUCUAAGACAGUUAAUGAUUAUAUAAGCUUGAAAGGAGUUCUGGUAAACCUUAGGCCUUACCAUCACAAGAAGAAACAUAUUUAGUUCUCUGUGGACUCCUUUUCAUGGACGAUUAGAUAUUUUUCUGCUGCAUUUUUUUCUUUUAAGGGCAAGUUAAUUUAAUAUAAAUUUGCAUGAAUGUUUUCGCCUUGGCACAUGUAUUGAUUCAACAGUCAAGCUAUGAGGCAAAAUGGAACCACAGAUCAUGCCAAUUGGAUGUUGAAAAUUGCUACUGUUCCAGCUUUUCUAUCCUCUGUAAAUGUUUCUAGACUCUAGGCACCCCCACUUUCUUCCUCUUAGAGAAACACCCUCAAUGCUAAUUAACAUCUCUUCAUGUAAAGUCCUGGAUACAUCGUGUGGACCAAUCACCACAGCAUCCUUUCAGGUUUUAGUAUGGGCGAGAACCCUAACAUGGCUACCCCAAACAUCCGUAAUCAAAAUCAUAAAUAUGAUGAUUUUAUGGCUCUGUUUCAUUCUCCUA